AUGUCUCCACUAUUCAACGAAAUAUGCACAGAUGAGGCUCCUCUAGUGAAAUACCAUGUAGGUGAUAGACAAUAUGGCCAAUGCUACUACCUAGUCGAUGGGAUCUACCCUAAAUGGGGAUCUUUUGUGAAAGCAAUUAGAAAUCCAAUUACGCCAAAGCAAGCUCAUUUUACAAAGAUGCAGGAGUCAUACAAAAAAGAUGUGGAGGGGACAUUUGGAAUUCUCCAAGCUCGUUUUGCAAUUGUAAGAGGACCCGCUCGUGGAUGGGAUAGAGAGGAUCUCCAACACAUCAUGAUGACAGGCAUUAUUUUGAACAACAUAAUUGUCGAUGAUGAGCGCCAAGAAGAUGAAGAGUCACCUUUUGACUCUUAUGAUAUCCCCACCAAACCAAGGAAAGUAGAAAUAUAUGAGAGAUAUGAGGAUGAUCAUGGGGUUGAGCACAAGCUUCCUGAACUUGAGGAGUUCAUGACCCUUUACCAGGGGUUAAAUGCCCAGUUGUGCAUAGAGUCCUUCAAGGCAAUUUGGUUAAUCACCUCUGGAACAUGA